AUGUUCGACGUCCUGGUCAAGCUGGUGGACAGGGGAGAGCUGGACACAGGAGAGCUGAGCUGUUCUCAAACGGCCAUCUCUACCCAUGACUCAAGAGCUGGAGACCAGACGGGGGGAAGCGGCGACAGGUGCCAGCCAUUAACAUCAGCUGCCUACAAAAGCCUGAACGUCGUUGCCGCUCGUCGCCAGACCAACUCUUUCGGCAUUCCCGUCAGUCACGUCCAGCACUCAGAUACCCGAUCAACGGUCAUCUCGCUCAAGCGUUUACAAGGUGGACGGAUGCCUCUGGACACCGAGCGUAAGGAGUUGCUGUUGAAAACGCUGAUGGAGCUGGGGGAGGACAACUUCCAGUCCUUCAACAGCGCCGUCUUCUCCAUCCAUGAUGAUGAACAGAUUGACAGAUUGAAGGCAGACCUGCAAAAAAAGCUGCAUAGUUUAUACAGCUUUGUUCCUGAGGGCAACACAGAGCGCUGGCAGCAGCAGCCUCUGGCAAACGUCUACACGGAGCUGGUCAUCACCUGCGGGGCCGACAUCAGGCCCGACGAGCGACACGAGGUCCUUCAGAUGGAGACGCGUGCCGCGGCGGCCAAGAAGUCUAUUCUGCCAUGCGACAUCUUCAAAAGCCAUGACGGGCAGCCGCGACCGAUACGCACGCUGCUCACCGUCGGCUUUGCGGGAAUCGGGAAAACCUUCCUGGUUCAAAAGUUAGUGUGCGACUGGGCCAGCGGGAAUGCCAACCAGGACGUGCACUUCAUAUUUCCCUUCACCUUCCGCGAGUUGAACACCGACGAAGGGAAAAACUUUACGCUGGCCAAGCUCAUCCGAUGCUAUGUCUGUGAGAGCAGGCACAUGAGCGAGGAGACCCUGAACAUUAUAUUAGACGAACUGCAGAAAUCCGGGAUACGGGACUACGAAAGCAGCCCGAUCAAGAUCUUGUUUGUCUUGGACGGACUGGACGAGUGCAAGUUCAAAAUGGACUUGAAGAAUGAGACGAAAGUAGACAUAGACGUGACAGAGGCCUACCCGCUGGAGAUACUCCUGGCACACCUCAUCAAGAGGAACCUGCUUCCGUGCGCCCGGGUCUGGAUCACCACGCGGCCCGCGACGGCCCGCGAUAUCCCGUCCGACCUCAUUGACGGCAGAACAGAGGUGAGAGGAUUCAGCGAUUCCAGGAGGCUGGAGUACUUCAGGAAAAAGUUCCCAAAUGAGGAGCGUGUCAUUAAGCACAUCCGAAAAACUCGCACCAUCCUUAUCAUGUGCCACCUGCCCAUCUUCUGCUGGCUCACCGCCACAGUUCUUCAGGAUCAUUUGGACAAAGGGAAGGAGGAAGAGCUUCCCGCAACGCUGACGGACAUGUACUCGGAGCAUGUUUUUAACCAGCUGGACAAGUCCAAGGAGCGACAGACGACCGAGUCCGCCGAUUACGUGAAACCGCUAGCAAAGCUGGCGUUUGACCACACCAUGAGUAAGCAACAGAUCUUUUACGAGGAGGACCUGGCGAAAAGCGGAUUUGAUUACAGCCAAGCCGCAAAACACUCCGGAAUAUUCACCGAGGUUUUUGAGGAGGUCCGUCCGCUCAGAAGAAACCAACAGGGCAAGAUGUUUCAGUUCGUCCAUCUGAGCAUCCAGGAGUAUUUGGCCGCAUUUCACGUGAUGAUAUGCCUCUUUCACGACAACAAGAACAUACUGGCUGAUUCAGAGCAGGCACUGGAGUGGGGUUGGAAAAUCAAUGAGGUUCACCGGUCAGCUCUCCAGAAAGCCUCGGAGAGUGAAGGAAACUUGGACUUGUUCAUCCGCUUCCUCUUUGGCCUUUCCUUGGCGUGCAACCAGAAACUAGUGGGGGAACUGCUGAAAGCUCCUCAGGACUGCAGACGAAGCAAGUCAAAGACUGUCAAGUUGAUCAAGGAGCGGAUAAAACAAAACACUCCAGAGAAGAACAUCAACUUGUUCUACUGCUUAAAGGAGCUGAAGGACGACUCUUUGCUGAAGGAGUUUCAGAUAAAGAGAAAUAGUUCACACCGUAUAGACUGGAACAACAUGCCAAAUGACAUGUGGUCAGCCUUGGCCUUCUACUUACUGACAGACGACGAAAACAUGAAGUCCUUUAAACUGCGGAAAUACGCCCCAUCGCCUUUGGGGCUCGAGAAGCUGUUGGUGGUGGUCAAGGCGUCUGAAAAAUCAAACAGCGCAAAUUCUCAUGUUCCCCUCAAUAAAGGACAGAUGACGAGAAAUGAAGCGGUCAACACGAAGAGGCAGGCUCUCGUGCUUGAAAAGCCCAUUUUUUAUGAGGUUGAACUCUGCUUCAACAGCAGCGGAACUUGCAGUGAUGCUGGUGCUUUGGAAGAGAGGGACCAUUAUUCCUGUCCAAAGUGUCUAAGAAAGUGUGGCCUGGACAAAGGCAGCUGUCACCUGCUGGCUUCCGUUCUCAGCUCUCCAUCCAACAUGAAGCAUCUGGACCUGUGCCAGAAUGAUCUGUCGGACGAAGGGGUGGAGAUCCUCUCGAAAGAACUGGCCAGCCCAAACUGCACCUUAGAAGAGCUCACUCUAAGAGAGUGUGGCCUGGACAAAGGCAGCUGUCACCUGCUGGCUUCCGUUCUCAGCUCUCCAUCCAACAUGAAGCAUCUGGACCUGUCCCAGAAUGAUCUGUCGGACGAAGGGGUGGAGAUCCUCUCGAAAGAACUGGCCAGCCCAAACUGCAAGUUAGAGUCCCUCGAUCUAUGGAAUUGUAAGCUGGGAAAAGGCAGCUGUCACCCGCUGGCUUCUGUUCUCAGCUCUCCAUCUAACCUGAAGAGUCUGAGUCUGAGCUUGAACAAUCUGUCGGACGAAGGGGUGGAGAUCCUCUCAAAAGGACUGGCCAGUCCACACUGCACCCUAGAAUCCCUCCGUCUAUGGAAUUGUAACUUGGACAAAGGCAGCUGUGACCUGCUGGCUUCCGUUCUCAGCUCUCCAUCCAACCUGAAGCGUCUGGACCUAAGGGGGAACAAUUUGUCAGACGAAGGGGUGGAGAUCCUCUCGAAAGGACUGGCCAGCCCAAACUGCACCUUAGAAAAGCUCAUCCUAAUGGAGUGUGACCUGGACAAAGGCAGCUGUCACCUGCUGGCUUCCGUUCUCAGCUCUCCAUCCAACAUGAAGCAUCUGGACCUGUACGACAAUGGUCUGUCGGACGAAGGGGUGGAGAUCCUCUCGAAAGGACUGGCCAGCCCAAACUGCACCUUAGAAUCCCUCGAUCUAAGUUAUUGUGACCUGGGCAAAGCCAGCUGUCACCCGCUGGCUUCCGUUCUCAGCUCUCCAUCCAACCUGAGGGAUCUGGACCUGAGCCUGAACAAUCUGUCGGCCGAAGGGGUGGAGAUCCUCUCGAAAGGACUGGCCAGCCCAAACUGCACCUUAGAAAAGCUCACUCUACAUGGUUGUGACCUGAAAAAAGGCAGCUGUCACCCGCUGGCUUCCGUUCUCAGCUCUCCAUCCAACCUGAAGCAUCUGAACCUGACAUGUAACAAUGUGUCGGACGAAGGGGUGAAGAUCCUCUCGAAAGGACUGGCCAGUCCACACUGCAAGUUCGAGUCCCUCGCCCUGUCAUGGUGCCAUAUCACCAAUGAAGGAUGCGUUUUUUUGGCUGAGGCGCUCAAAUUAAACCCCUCCCAUCUUGAAGAGCUGGACCUCAGGAACAAUCCAAUAGGUGAAAAAGGAAAGAGGGUCUUAUCGAACGUCCAAGAGGAUCCAAGCUAUCGCCUACAGACUGUCAGGUUCGAUUCGACAUUCAACAGUGAAAGCGAAUCAGAGGAGGAAGAAAGUCCCGAAGAACAUGAUUCUGAGGAGAUUUGA